AUGGACACAACGAGCCAGCGGGAUGACUGGCAUGUUACCAGACAUCGCAUUCGUACCUUCAUAGGCUUUGCUUCAAUAGCUCUUGCAAACGCUGUCCUCGCACGAAUUACCCACGCAGCGAACUACCUCAUCAUCCCAUACCCGCAACCCGUCGUUAUUCUGCUGGAGCUUCUCCCAGCAGUUCUCACCAAGUUAUUUCUGCCAUUCAUCUAUGGCUACAUUCCCCAGAACGCACGCAUUGCCCUCGUCACUGGGGCAUGGACAGUGGUCAAGACUGUUGUCUCCGCCACGCCCCCGAACGUACUACCUCCCGUACGCGUCGUAAUGACGCUGUUAGCUGCCUCCUCCUCAGCUGCCACUGAAAUUCUCUGUUUGGACUUGAUCCGAGGUUAUGGUCGGCUAGGGCUUAUUGCCUGGGCUGCUGGCACCAGUCUGGGGCAGAUGGCGAAUGCUAUAUGGCCUUUAGUGUUAACCUCAUUCAUGGGAAUGACAGUCAGAGAGGGUACUGAAUAUAUGUACCGACUGGUUGCUAUAAUCCUGCUGGCUUACUUUGCUAUCCUGCCAAGAAACUGUCUUCCGACCGGAAGCGAGACCGACCUGAGCAAUCGAGACACUGGGGGCUACAACAAGAACACAUCACUUUUAGAGACCACCUCGACAUCAAACAAAGUCACCGGAAUAUUCGGACAUCAAAUCAGACAAGUGUCCGUUGUUUCGAGACAGUACCUGCACAUACUCCUGGCUACCUCCGCUAUGCAGGCCAUGGUCUUCCCUGGCAUAUCCCUAGCUCUUGAUGGCUCCUCAUUUUCUUCAUUACUUUCAUGGACCUCUGCACUUGCAUUUUCUCUCAGUUUUGGUAACUUGACGGCGCGAUUAUCAGCAAUGUCACUUCGUCUUGGAAACCACAGGAUUGCUCUGAUUCUCUUAGCCUGGACAGUAGCUUUGUUAUUGGCAGAUUCGAUCUUUUUCCUAGGGUCUAGUUUUGUUGUGCUCUCUGUAGCUCUGUGUUCCGGUUUGUUGGGGGGUGCGAUCUAUGUUGAGGUUUUUGACGGGGUGCUUCAGGCGCUAUCCGACCACCCAGACUGUAUACUUGCUAUUGGUAUCAUCGGCGCAGGUGAUACCCUAGGCAGUUUGCUAGGUGGAUGGAUUGGAUUUCUAUGGGAAGCUACAGUCUGCGAUAUGACUGUAGAUAGAGGAAGGUUCUGCCACAGGUUCCUUUGA